UGCGCUCUGUGCUAAUGACUAUUUCCCCUUGAUAGAUUACCUGUGCCAUUGUGGGGCUGACAUCUUACACGGGAGCCCUGCUUGGUCCCUUAUCAUGGGAGGAUGAGGAAUGAUCCUUCCCUACCGACACCCAUCGAUAGCAGUGAGUAAUAGCCGGGAAGGGAGGCAGACGAUAGUAGGAACAUGCUCAACAGAGGUGCUGUUAUUCUUGGGACAGGAGGCAACUGCGGAGGAGGAGGAGAGCUUGGAGGGCGGACGGGGGGGUCCUGUCAUUGCUGAUGCUCUCUGGGGCUCGGCAGCUGGAGAGAAACGUUGACUCAGGAUGGUCAAAGCUGGGAAGGAAAAAAAGCGAGGAGGGAAAGGAAUGAAGUGAAAGGAGCUGAGAGCCAGGCUGGAGAGCACGCAGACAGCCUGGUGACCUCUGGUGCAUGAAGGAUGAAGGAAGCAGACUGAGUGACUAUGUGGACCGUCUGGGUGAUCAUCUUCUGGAUUUCAGCCGUCCUGAUCAGGGCUGCCCCACCUAUCUGUGACCUCCUGAGUGUCCUGAAAAAGGAGGAAGAAAAUUGUGCUGAGACUCUGUCCCUGGAGGCGAGGAACAGGACACCUGAAAAUGAUCUGCUCCUGACAUCAGGCAGAUGUGCUGGAAUGUGGGAUAACAUGAGCUGCUGGCCUUCAUCAGCUGUGGGACAGACUGUCGAUGCUCCCUGCCCCAAAUUCUUCCAGAUGCUGACUGGGAAAAAAGGUUUUGUCUAUCGAAACUGUACCAGCGAGGGUUGGUCAGACCCGUAUCCAAGACCAGAUAUUGCUUGUGGCUACAAUGUCAAUGACACCACAAAUGAGAAAAGACGUGCCUAUUUCAUGACCCUGAAGACCAUGUACACCAUUGGAUACUGCACCUCCCUUGUGACGCUGACAAUAGCUUUAGUCGUCCUGGCCUCUUUAAGAAGACUUCGCUGUACAAGGAACUACAUCCACAUGCAUCUCUUCACGUCCUUCAUUUUGCGAGCCUCAUCUAACUUCAUCAAAGAUGCUGUUUUGUUCUCCUCUGAAGACACAAACUACUGUGAGGCAUACACGGCUGGAUGCAAGCUUACCAUGGUCUUCUUUCAGUAUUGCAUUAUGUCUAACUACAGCUGGCUUCUCGUGGAGGGACUGUACCUCCAUGCUCUCCUGGUAAUUUCCUUCUUCUCAGAAAGGAAGUUCUUCUGGUGGUUCAUCACCCUUGGAUGGGGUGCCCCAACUGUCUUUGUGGCUGCAUGGGCCACUGCAAGGCAACUCCAUGAAAACACUGGGUGUUGGGACAUUAACACUAAUGCCAAUACCUGGUGGAUCAUUAGAGGCCCUGUAGUUUUGUCUAUUUUUGUUAAUUUCAUUCUUUUCAUCAACAUUUUAAGAAUCCUGAUGAAGAAGCUCAGCUCACCCGAAAGACGGAGCAGCGAUUUCAACCAGUACAAGAGGCUUGCCAAAUCGACGCUCCUCCUCAUCCCACUCUUUGGGGUUCACUACAUCAUCUUUGCUUUCUUCCCCGAAGACACAAGUAGUGGCACAAUGGAAAUUCAGCUGUUUUUUGAAUUGGCUCUUGGAUCAUUCCAGGGUUUUUUCGUGGCUGUACUUUAUUGUUUUCUCAAUGGUGAGGUUCAGCUGGAAGUUCAGAGAAAAUGGAGGCAGUGGCAUUUAAGCAAACACUUGCGUCAGCACCUUAGCACCUCAGCAAGUAACGGAGGAAGUGGCUUAACUCAGGAGAUGCAGGUAGUGAAGUCGAGCCCACCACAGGACAAGAGAGCAACCCUCCAAAGAUCAAGCAUGCUUUAACAUUGCACCCUUGAGGGAUACCUCCAUGCUCAGAUACACGUGGUUAAAUCCCAUGGAUUGUGCUGGGAGUCUUGUGUAUAUACCCAAGAGCGGGACUUGGCUGUGGAUCAGCAGUUCUUGAAGCACAUCUGUUUGUCUAUAUCCUGUGUAGCACCAAAGUUAUUUUGCAAGGCAAGAUGGGCCAAAACAUUAUGCUAUUCCUUGGGUUUCUGGCCACUGUCAUUUGUGUUUCUUUCCACACCAAUAUUUUUAAGCUGCUAUUUCUACCUUAAAUGUAGCCUCUCAUUUUCCAUGUGGCACCCUUCCAAUGCUAGGCCAGGCGGGUGAGUUUUAGAUGUUUUGUAUUUCUUUUGCUGUUGAAGCUAGAAGGAUAUUCAGCUUCGUAAGAUGAAGGUUGAAUACCGUCCUUUACCACAGACUAUGGGUUUGAAAUACGAAGUCACUUUGUGCCUAGAGUUUACCAGGGUUCACAGUCUUUCUGUUGUGGUGGAACGAUGAUGGACACUGAGAAUAAAAAGCACAUCCAAACUCCUCUUUCCACUGUGAUUGUAUACCCAUUGCUCAGGUAUUCUUCAGCGAUGGUGGAAGCGUCCAAGUUUUCUUCCUUUGCCUCUUCUAACAAUGGUGAUCUUGGAAACAGCAGGUCCGGGUUUGGGUUUCUCUACAGUUUUUGAAAAGGUAGAAGCUAUUGUAGCAAAUUCCAAGAGUGGCCAUGAAAACUGCCCUGGUUUGAAUUGCAAAGGGGUGAAAGAAUUCAGCUGACAAAUGCAGUCAGUCGGGUCUGCUAUUUGAUUUUUUAUCUCUGUUUACCGAGUCGAGGCAAUUCUUGCUUAGCUUUCCUUGAGGGCAAAGAUGACUGAACAGAAAACAAGUGGCAUUUGUCACCUUCUCCCCACUCCCGGUCACCCAUAUGACAUUGGCAAAAUAAGCACAGCUCUGCCGAGCGCUGACUGAGUGGCGCUCCCCAACUGCUCUGCCAAAACCACUCAAACUUCUAUUUACAGCAAGUCCUCGUGGCAGGCAUCUGCCAUUUCACCAGAAGACAAACAUGCAGAGAGAUUCAAAGGGUGCCUUCAAAGUUGAAUUACCUGCACCGAAGCUAUUUGUUGAAUGCUGCUAUUAGUGCUGCUUCAAACUGCAAGAUUCAGGACAGGAAAAAUACCAUUAUUUUCUGCUGAUGUUGACAGAUCGCACAGCCUGUGUUCUCCUGAUCAACUGGGUACCACGGCUGGGCUGGGACAGCAGAUGCCUUGACAGGGGGAAGGGUUUUGUGUUCGCUCAGCCUCCUCUGCCUGUUUGGCUUUGCCUGCUGAUGCUUGUCACUCUGCAAUGGGAGAGCUGAACCUCUUAACACCAGAAGAAAAAAAAAUCAAGUACAAAUCAGUGAACUGGCAAGAGUUCCCAGGAAUUAGUCCUAAAUGUACGUUUUUUGGAAAUGGUAAGGUUUUGAGUCAACUUAGUCCUUUAAAACUCAGCCAAAGCCAGUGGAAGGAACAGCAGA